CGCGGGCGGCGGAAGGGGCGCCGCUGCGGGCGGCGGCGGGGGGCAGCUCUAUCCGGGCCUUUGGCGCUCCCCUUCCUUUCGCGCCGGCGGCCGCUGCGAGGCGGCGGCUCCAUGUGCGCACGGCGCGGCGCGGCCCCGGCUCCCGCCCUCCGCCUCCCGCCGCCGCCGCCGCCAUGGACCCCAGCACCAUCAUCGAGGCCCUGCGGGGCACCAUGGACCCGGCGCUGCGGGAAGCCGCCGAGCGGCAGCUCAACGAGGCUCACAAGUCAGUGAACUUUGUUUCAACUUUGCUUCAGAUCACCAUGUCCGAACAACUGGAUUUACCAGUGAGACAGGCAGGAGUUAUCUACUUGAAAAAUAUGAUAACCCAGUAUUGGCCAGAUCGUGAAACUGCACCAGGAGAGAUUCCACCUUACUCCAUCCCAGAAGAAGAUAGACACUGUAUUCGUGAAAAUAUUGUAGAAGCCAUUAUUCACUCUCCUGAGCUGAUUAGAGUACAACUUACUACUUGCAUUCAUCAUAUUAUCAAGCAUGAUUAUCCUAGUCGUUGGACUGCAGUUGUGGAGAAAAUUGGGUUUUAUCUUCAGUCUGACAACAGUGCUUGUUGGCUUGGCAUUCUUCUAUGUCUUUAUCAACUUGUGAAAAACUACGAGUACAAGAAACCAGAGGAGCGUAGUCCUUUGAUAGCUGCAAUGCAGCAUUUUCUACCAGUUUUGAAGGAUAGUUUCAUACAGCUUCUGAGUGAUCCAUCUGAUCAGUCUGUCCUCAUCCAGAAACAAAUCUUCAAAAUAUUUUAUGCCCUUGUCCAGUACACGUUACCCUUGGAGUUGAUAAAUCAGCAAAACCUGACUGAAUGGAUAGAAAUCCUGAAGACUGUUGUGGAUAGGGAUGUACCAGCUGAAACGCUUCAAGUUGAUGAAGAUGAUAGACCUGAGUUGCCUUGGUGGAAGUGCAAGAAGUGGGCUUUGCAUAUCUUAGCUAGACUUUUUGAGAGGUAUGGAAGCCCUGGUAAUGUUUCCAAGGAGUACAACGAGUUUGCUGAAGUGUUUCUGAAGGCAUUUGCUGUUGGUGUUCAACAAGUGUUGCUGAAGGUGUUGUAUCAAUACAAGGAAAAGCAGUACAUGGCUCCUAGAGUUCUGCAGCAAACACUGAAUUACAUCAAUCAAGGAGUGUCACACGCUGUCACCUGGAAGAAUUUGAAACCUCAUAUUCAAGGGAUUAUCCAAGAUGUUAUUUUUCCAUUGAUGUGCUAUACAGAUGCUGACGAAGAGCUUUGGCAAGAAGAUCCAUACGAAUAUAUUCGCAUGAAAUUUGAUGUAUUUGAAGACUUCAUUUCUCCUACAACUGCUGCUCAGACAUUAUUGUUUACAUCAUGUAGUAAAAGGAAAGAGGUUUUGCAGAAGACAAUGGGCUUUUGUUAUCAGAUCCUUACAGAGCCAAAUGCUGACCCUCGUAAGAAAGAUGGUGCUUUACAUAUGAUCGGUUCUUUGGCUGAAAUUCUCCUAAAAAAGAAGAUAUAUAAAGAUCAGAUGGAAUAUAUGUUGCAGAAUCACGUGUUCCCUCUCUUCAGCAGUGAGCUGGGUUACAUGAGAGCACGGGCUUGUUGGGUUCUUCAUUAUUUUUGCGAAGUCAAAUUUAAGAGUGACCAGAAUCUUCAGACAGCCUUAGAACUCACAAGACGGUGUCUGAUAGACGAUAGGGAAAUGCCUGUGAAAGUAGAAGCUGCAAUAGCACUUCAAGUUCUGAUCAGUAAUCAAGAGAAAGCUAAAGAAUAUAUUACUCCAUUCAUUAGACCUGUAAUGCAAGCUUUACUUCAUAUUAUAAGAGAGACUGAAAAUGAUGAUCUUACCAAUGUGAUUCAGAAGAUGAUAUGUGAAUAUAGUGAAGAAGUUACUCCAAUUGCAGUAGAAAUGACACAGCAUUUGGCAAUGACGUUUAACCAGGUGAUCCAGACUGGACCAGAUGAAGAGGGCAGUGAUGACAAAGCAGUGACAGCAAUGGGAAUCUUGAAUACUAUUGAUACACUUCUUAGUGUAGUUGAAGAUCACAAGGAAAUUACCCAGCAGCUGGAAGGGAUCUGUUUGCAAGUGAUUGGAACAGUUUUGCAGCAGCAUGUAUUAGAGUUCUAUGAAGAGAUUUUUUCCUUGGCUCAUAGUCUGACAUGUCAACAAGUUUCUGCACAAAUGUGGCAGCUUCUUCCUCUUGUUUUUGAAGUCUUUCAGCAGGAUGGCUUUGAUUAUUUUACUGACAUGAUGCCUCUCUUACAUAAUUAUGUUACUGUUGAUACGGAUACACUUUUGUCAGACACAAAAUAUCUUGAAAUGAUCUACAGUAUGUGCAAGAAGGUCCUUACAGGAGUUGCUGGGGAAGAUGCAGAAUGUCAUGCAGCAAAACUGUUAGAAGUGAUUAUUCUUCAGUGUAAAGGGCGUGGCAUUGAUCAGUGCAUACCCUUAUUUGUGGAAGCUGCUUUAGAGAGAUUGACCAGAGAAGUGAAAACAAGUGAACUGCGAACAAUGUGCCUCCAGGUUGCCAUAGCUGCUUUGUAUUACAAUCCUCAUCUAUUAUUAAAUACAUUGGAAAAUCUUCGUUUUCCCAAUAAUGUGGAGCCUGUCACUAAUCACUUCAUAACACAGUGGCUUAAUGAUGUAGACUGUUUCUUGGGACUUCACGAUAGAAAGAUGUGUGUGCUUGGCUUGUGUGCUCUUAUUGAUCUGGAGCAAAUACCACAGGUUUUAAAUCAAGUCGCUGGCCAGAUCCUGCCAGCUUUUAUCCUUUUAUUUAAUGGAUUGAAAAGAGCAUAUGCUUGUCAUGCAGAGCAUGAAAAUGACAGUGAUGAUGAUGACGAAGCUGAAGAAGAUGAGGAAACGGAGGAACUGGGGAGUGAUGAAGAUGACAUCGAUGAAGAUGGUCAAGAAUAUCUAGAAAUUCUAGCAAAACAGGCAGGUGAAGAUGGAGAUGAUGAAGACUGGGAAGAAGAUGAUGCUGAAGAGACUGCUUUGGAAGGCUAUUCCACAAUUAUUGAUGAUGAAGACAACCCUGUUGAUGAAUAUCAGAUAUUUAAAACAAUUUUUCAGACAAUUCAGAAUCGUAACCCUGUGUGGUAUCAAGCUUUGACACAGGGUCUUAAUGAAGAACAAAGAAAACAAUUGCAGGAUAUAGCAACUCUGGCAGAUCAGAGGCGGGCAGCACAUGAAUCCAAAAUGAUUGAAAAGCAUGGAGGAUACAAAUUCAAUGCUCCAGUUGUGCCAACUUCAUUUAAUUUUGGAGGCCCUGCCCCAGGAAUGAAUUGAAUUAUCACUUUUCCUGCUACUGUGUGAUUGUAGUGAAGAGCUUGUGUUCCUCCCAAUAGUGGUUCCAGAAUUGGUUCAUGUUAUCUACAGCUCACUCUAAACUAAUUGAUAAAUAGAUUGGACAAGAGCCCCAGAAGUGGGACCUGAUCAUGCAACCUAAUACUGGAAAGAAAGCAAACCAGAGGUUUCUUUGAAGAUAGGAAGAAUCUGAAUUUAAAGCUUCAAAUGACACUUUGGAAAUCGGAAAUCAAGAGGGGAUGUCAUUAAGGCAGCUUUUCUUUUUCUGAGGAAAAAAAAUAAGCAUGGGCUGCAGGACUACUUAAAAUAUCUCAUUUACAGUACAAGCUAGAAGGCAGAGUUAAUUUUUACAACUGUGGCAGUAUGAGUAUUUGCCCAAUUUCCCUUUUCUCCCUUCCCAUUGGGUGUCUAUUCUUUUAAUGUAAAUAAUAAGGUAAUCGGAUAGCCUUACUUAAUCUUCAUCAUUUCCAUUUAUCAAGAUUGUUCAUAUGUAGAAUAUUGGACACUUAAUGUAGCACUACAUAACUGAUAAAUCUGUAAAUGAAUUAGCACUUUCAUAUUGAAACAAGCCUGCUAGCCUAUGUACAAAAAUAGCAAAAUGUUUGCUGUUUAUAAAAAAAAAAUAAAAAAUAAAAAAUAAGGGAUGUAUUGAGGGAAAUAAUUUCAAGUUAUUAAUUUAAAAUGAACUAGCAGUUUUGUACCUGGUGACUUUGUGGUGCAGUCACCUCUGGUUGUGACUUGAAUUCGGUUAUGUAAAAAGGGGUUAGUGAUAUUUCAUUGCUGCUAAAAAAAAAAAAAUAGCAACACCCUCUGUGUCCUUUGUUUUUCUUAAAGAUCUCACUGUUGAAGUUGAAAUUUGGAUACAAAUGUUUAAUGUAAGCACUGAGAAAAAGUUAUCUUCUCUGAAGCAUGUAAAUUAGAUGUGAAGUUCUGCUCUUAAAUGAGUUGGUUGAAGUGUGUGGAUGAAACAUCUAUAUAUGCAAUCUAUUAAAAAAUAGUAAUUUGGCUAA